AUAAUACUUUCUCCCCCCUCGUUACACUCUAUAGCCUUUUUUUCUUUCCUUCCUAUUCUCUCUCUCCUCAAAAAGUCAGCGCCUUGUUUUGUCCCUCUCUCUUCUCUCUCUGUCUUUCCUCAAACAGCGUUAACAGUGACAAAGGUACAGAUUCACAGGCUUUGUCUAGACUAUGGAGGAAGAUUGGGAUCUUCAAGCUGUGGUCAGAGGCUGUGCCUCCUCCGGCGCCACCUCUUCCUCCUCUACCGCCGCCGCCGCCACUACUACUGCUUCUUUUCUGGGAAAUUUUCAUUCAAAUUCCUGGUUUUCUGAUUUUGGUGGCGUUGGUGAACAAGCCUGCAGCCAGCUUCUCUCAUUCCCAGAUCCUUUUGAAGCAAGAUAUGUUUCUGAGGAAUUGCAUGAGCUUUACAAGCCUUUCUUUCCCAAACCCCAGCCUCUCUCUCCUCAAACCUCACCCAAUAUCUCGCCCUUCUCUUCCCUUUCCUCCCUCACUGCAUCAUCCAAAGCCCAAACACAGCAGCCGCAUCCGCAGCAUCAGCAACAAUUGCCUAAGCAGUCUCAAGCCGGUUCUGGGACCGGCCAGAGGUCCAAAAGAAGGAAGAACUUGCUAAAGAAGGUUUGCCAAGUACCAGCAGAGGGUCUCUCUUCAGAUAUAUGGGCUUGGCGUAAAUAUGGUCAAAAACCCAUCAAAGGCUCCCCAUAUCCGAGGGGCUAUUAUAGAUGUAGCAGCUCGAAGGGAUGCUUGGCCCGGAAACAAGUGGAGCGGAACCGGUCCGACCCGGGAAUGUUCAUAGUCACGUACACAGCUGAGCACAACCACCCUGCACCCACGCACCGAAACUCACUCGCCGGAUCCACACGACAGAAGCCUUUCCCGAACCAAACGGUCCCUGCCUCCUCCGACGACUCCAAAAAACCCAACUCAACGAAGCCCUCUUCGCCGGCAACUUCCAUGGAGGACGAGCUUGGUCUACCCCAGAGUACAACCACUGACAGCAAGGAAGAAAGCAGAGAAGAGAGGGAGGACACGGUGGAGGACGAGGAAGAAGACGAGUUUGGGAUAUCGGACGUGGUUCUGAGCGAUGAUUUCUUUGUGGGUUUGGAGGGGCUCGUCGGUCCGGCCUCCGAAGACUGCUUCUCCGAUCACCUGCCGGCAACCUUCGCUCUUCCCAGCUGGGUGGCCAACAAUGCCGGCUGACUUGGGACGUGUCAAAUGUGACAUGGAUUAUGCUUUUUGUGAUACACACCGUUUAGAGAGAGAGAGAGAUAGAGAGAAAAGAGUUAAUAUUUUAAUUGUAACGUUUUGGUGGAAUCUUAAAUUUAACAAUGCUUUAGUGAGUGAGUCUAGGAGAAAAAGGAGUUAUUCUGUCUUUGAGAGACUGUGGGAAUGCGGAAGAAGUUGGGUACCUAGAUAGAUAAUUGCUUAUCUUUUUGGCCAAAGUAGAAUUUAGUGAUUAGUUGA